UUGGAUACACACCAGAAGCUGGGACGCACUUACACACAGCAAACGCCCCCACAACCACACAUACCCGUCGCCACUUCCGAUGGGUGCAUUAUCUCUGCCGCUACCCCGAGCAAGAUCAUAUACGGUCAGCUUGAGACUGCCACAACCAACACCGCAACCCUCGACUUCGACAUUACCAGCAGUUGCUAUUGUCGGAGCCGUCGCCGCACCAACCACAGCGGCACGAUCGACUCUACCUUCUCUGUCCUCGCUCCUCCUCACAUCAACAUCAACACAAACAACACCUGACCGCAGGCUGCUACGCCCCACGGCACACAAGCGCACAAUGUCUGCCGCAGUUCAGAGCACCUCUGGCCCGCUCACCAUGUCGGCUGGCCCGCACCACCACCAUAAUCGCGACUUUGCGCUGCAAAAGUAUCUGCUCCUGCAGGAGCAGCAUGAGUCGCUGCAGCACCACAUCGACCAGCUGCGGCCAGCUGCCCCGUCGAUGGCCCGGCGGUCGCCAUCGGUCGCAUCGUCGACGGCAUCGCCGACGCGCCACCACCAGCGCCAGCAGUUCCGGCACGGCUCGAUGCCCACCGCGGCGGCCCCGUUCGGGCUCGAGACGGUGCCCGACGAGCGCACGCUGCACGAGGUAGCGGCCGAAGAGGCGCGGCUGUUCGACGUCAACGAGGGCAUCAAGCGCGCGCUGACGGAGCUGCUCAACUGUGAGGCCGUCCGCGCCGACCGCGCCCUGCGCACCUGGGUCCAGGGCCGCCUGCUCGAGACGGAGCGCGAGCUUCGCACCGGCCGGAGGCGCCGGAGCGCCCCCGGCGUAACCGAGCACUAUUGAACAGGGGCGCCUGCUAUACACAAUAAAUCGGUGGGGCUGGAGCUUGGACCGGCUUUCUUGCCCCGCUUCAUGCCCUGCCACGCGUUGCUUGUUUCGAGACUCGCAAGCUCUGAUGGGAGGCGAUACUGCCCCUCCCUAGUCCUCACAUUUUCCCCGCUUGGGGUCUGCGUCCAGCAAGGACCCUCAUCUUCCCCAUCUGUGGGUUCUCUUUUUGUCAGUGUUUGGCAAGAUGUUUUGUCAAGACCUGCUGCUUUUCUUGACUCUUGUCUUAUGAGGGGUCAUGUCGAAGGGCUCCUGCCGCCAAGAGGCCCUCGGUACUCCGCGGUGCCCUCUGGUUCGCCUGGGCGCGUCUAGGUGGUGGGGAGGAGCUGACAGAGGGUGGUCUGACCUGAGUCGUCCUCUCGGCAUUUACUACCAGACCCACCGGGAACGUUGGAGGGGUUGACCUGUUCCCCGUUUCGUUUCGGUGACGACCCCUCUGGAAUUGAUGGGGACCUGGCGCUUUGGGGUUGUGGUCCGACCUGUGCCUCCCCCGCUCGUCUGGGGUGAUGCAUGCCCGUCUGUCGUUCGUGUGUUUUCUACUCGUUUAAGAGUUUGCGGGGAUGAGGGCAGGACGCAAGAAUCAGCAGAGGAAUAAAAAAAAAAGAUUGAGGGGCGAAAUGGCAACACGAUCUGAGACAAGUCAGAUGAGUUUCACCCGGGGAAAAAAGGGUCGGGGUGCUUGGGGUUCGGUUUGCGCGUUCUGCAUGCAUUAUUGGAUUGGCGGGUUGGGCCUGGUCACUGUUGCUCUCCUUUGUGCUUUGCUUCCUCUGCAUUCAAUGUAAUACCAGCCUUGUGCAGAGCUGUUUCACCAGCAUCUUGUGUUUUCCUCUGUCUGUUUCUUGCUGAUACCAGACCACGCCCAUCUAUUUGGCAGCGCAGGGUCACCACUGUCACGCGUAGGAAGGGGUUAAUAACAUCAUUAUCGCACA